AUGGCCUAUAUUGAACGACUCCAACGGGAACAAGGAAUCUUGUCCAACUUUCAGUACGGUGCCUUUGACGUGCCGCCGUCUUCGGCACUGGGUGCCUCGGUAUCCGACGAGUCCCUCACAUCCGCACUGGACCACGAGGAAGAUGAUAGUCGUCACGGGCCGAUUGUCUUUCCCCUGCAGGGCAAGGUCCCUGACGAACAACCCCCGCGCAUGCGCUUUGCACCCUCACCCACCGGUUCGUUGCACGUGGGAGGAGCCCGGACCGCACUCUACAAUUGGCUCGUCGCCCGGAAAGGACAAGCCGAAGAACCCCAAUCCAACGCCGCCUUUGUCCUGCGGGUGGAAGAUACCGAUCUGGCACGAUCUACCAAAGAAUCCGAAAAUUCCGUCCUCGCUGACUUGGAAUGGCUAGGUUUGCUCUGGGACGAAGGUCCCGAUAUGCCGUCGGAAACGGCUCCCUACGGACCGUACCGACAGUCGGAACGGGGAGAAGUCUACUACGCCGUGGCACAGAAAUUAAUGGACGAUGGCAAGGCCUACCGUUGCUUUUGUACCCCGGAGGAAUUGGACGCCAUGAAGGCGGACCAGGAAGCCCGUGGCGAGACACCGCGGUACGAUGGUCGUUGGCGGGAUGCCAGUGUCGACGACGUGCAACAGGCCCUCGACGAAGGGAAAGCCUACACGGUCCGCUUCAAAGUAACCGACAAUUCGCGCGUCGUCAUUGACGAUGUCGUCCGCGGCAUGGUUUCCUGGGACGCCCAGGCCACGGUAGGGGACUUUAUUCUCUUGCGCAGUUCCGGUGUCCCCGUAUACAACUUUUGCGUGGCCGUCGACGACGCCUGCAUGGGGAUUACCACGGUUGUUCGGGCCGAAGAGCAUUUGACCAAUACCGUUCGUCAGGCCUUGGUACUGGACGCCCUCGGCGCUCCGCGUCCCCGGUACGCCCACUGUUCCUUGAUUCUCGGCGAAGACAAACAGAAAUUGUCCAAACGACACGGCGCCACGUCUUGUGAUCAGUAUCGUCUCGACGGUUUCUUACCGGAUGCCAUGAUCAACUACCUCGCCUUGUUGGGAUGGAACGACGGAACGGAUAACGAGAUUUUUGCCCGGGACGAACUCAUUGAUGCGUUUGAACUGGAUCGCGUCGUCAAGAGUCCGUCAGUCUUUGAUUUGGAGAAACUCAAAUGGGUCAACGCACAACAUCUGAAACUUCGUACCGUCGAAGACCUGGUGCCCCUCGUCAAGCAGCAAAUAUUGUGGCAGGGAAUGUUCAAAGACGGUCUAGUAUCGGACGAUUCGGUGGAUCUCGGUGUGAUUGAUUUCACCUACGCCGCCACGGCGUUGGCGAAACAAAUGAUGGAAACAACCAAGGACGCGGCCCUCAACGCCAAAACCGUGCUUGGUUACGGUUUGCCGGCCACGUUUACCGACGUGCGGGAUGAGGAAGCCCGGACGAUGAUCGCCACGGGAAACUUUUAUGCUCUCGCCCAAAAGCUGGUGGCGCAGUACCGGUCGGGGGAGUUCCCGCAAGACACGCAAAAGGGACCGGCGUGUCAAUUUACGCAAGACUACAUGGCGCACAUGAAGUCACUGGCGAAGGAGUUGGGACUGAAGGGACGCCACUUGUUCCACCCGGUGCGACUCGCCUUGACGGGGGAAAUGAGCGGACAGGAUGUGACCAAGCAAAUGUCGUUGCUGGCCUUGGCGACCAAGGCGGACUCGGUCAUUGAUUCGCAGUACGUCGUAGAUAUGGAAACACGAAUGA